AUGAAGAUCUUUGCAACACUCAACUUCAUCACUGCGGUGCUGGCCGCUAGCCGAACCACUGCACCCAGUGGAUGUAUCACGGUCAAGAAGGGAGGCCAAUUCGGUACCAUUCAGUCUGCGGUCAACUCUCUUUCGACCACUGCCUCGGGAUCCCAAUGCAUCUUCAUCGAUCAGGGAACCUAUAAUGAGCAGGUUCUUGUUUCUGCGCGCAACGCCCAGCUGACCAUUUACGGAUACACCACCGACACAAGCGGCUAUGCUGGUAACAAGGUCACCAUCACAGCGAAGAAGAGUCAAGCAGAUGGCCUCAACAACGACGGAACUGCCACGCUUCGCGUCAAGGCUGCAAACUUUAAACUAUACAACGUCAACGUUGCCAACACUUAUGGAAAGGGCAGCCAAGCUGUCGCUCUGAGCGCGUAUGCCGAUAGCGGAUACUACGGUGUCGCUCUCACCGGUUUCCAAGAUACCCUCCUUGCCAACGAGGGAUACCAGUUGUACUCCAAGUGCAUGAUUGCUGGUGCCACUGACUUUAUCUUUGGUCAGCGCGCGUCUGUCUGGUUCGAGAAGAACGACCUUCGCGUUGUUUCUGCCUCAGUCGGCUACAUCACUGCCAACGGCCGAGACUCUGACUCCAACCCGUCCAACUAUGUCUUCAACAACUGCAACAUCGCCGCUGCCGCCGGCAACAACGUCGCCAACGGCGCCUACUACCUUGGCCGACCCUGGAGACAAUACGCCCGUGUGACAUUCCAAAAGACCAGCAUGAGCGCUGUUAUCCACCCCGCUGGAUGGUCGAUCUGGAACAAGGGCGAAGAGAACACUGGUCACGUCCAGUUCAACGAGUUCGGCAACACAGGCGCUGGCUCUACCGGUGCCCGUGCUUCAUUCUCUAAGAAGCUCAGCUCUGCUGUUUCUAUCUCCACUGUCCUGACAUCCAGCUACGCUUCCAAGGGCUUUUAUGAUGCUUCUUACAUGUAA